AUGAAGUCGCAACUCGAUCACUAUCGCCAAAAAGCUAUGUUUAACUGGAAAGAUCUCAAGGUUGCAGUCGAGGGUGCUGACGAAGUGCGAAUCAAGGACGAAAUUUACGCAAAACUUGAGAAAGAACCGUUAUUUGCUCGAAAGUACAACCGUCCAUCUAUGACAGAGCAGAGAGAGUUGAACCAUAAACGCUGGAAGAGGAUAAUCGAACUAGGAUUGCCCACUGACCAAUUCGAAGAUAUGCAAAGCUAUAAAUGUCUUGGCGAAAUACUAGAAACUUACGACCAAGGCUUGUCUGCACGUUUGGUUCUACAUUCUGCUGUGUUCAGUGCUGCUCUCACAUCUAUGGGAACCAAACGUCACGAAGAGAUCAAGGAAAAGACAAGGAAAAAUGAGAUUGUCGGUUGUUUUUGUUUGACUGAAAUCGGUCAUGGUUCGAACACGCAAGGAAUACAAACGACAGCUACAUUCGAUCGGGGAGAAUUCGUGUUCAACUGUCCAAAUGAGGGUGCCAUCAAAUGCUGGGCUGGUAAUCUCGCCCAGUCGGCUACUCACGCGGUAGUCUUCGCUCAGCUAUACGUCAAGGGCAAAUGCGAAGGAGUUCAUGCGUUUAUCCUUCAAGUACGAGACAUGCACACCUAUGAGCCACUUCAAGGCAUUACCAUCGGUGAUAUGGGAGAAAAGCCAGGGGCUUGGAAUGGCGUAGAAAAUGGAUGGUUAGAGUUUAAGAAUCACCGUGCACCACUUUGGACACUGCUAAAUAAAGGUUGUGACGUCACAGAAGCGGGAGGAUACAUUACCGAGUACAAAUCGACAAGCGAGAGACAGUCUGUGAGUCUUGGAGCGCUCUCGAUAGGCAGGAUUGGCAUAAUCGGUAAAGGUGUAAUGGCUAGUGGAUACGCAGCAACUAUCGGUAUACGGUAUAGUGCAUGUCGCAGACAGUUUGGACCUAACAAAGGAGAAGAAAUCCCAGUGCUGGAAUACCCGCUGCAACAGCAUCGCCUAUUCCCCUACUUGGCUGGUCAUUUCACACUGCGAACAUUCCAGAAAAGGUUUUGGAACCUCUUCACUGGCUAUAUGAUGAGAGUGAUGGGCGGAGAAAAGUCAGCUGAAUUGGCAGAUUUCGCCAAGGAGAUCCAUGCCUUGUCAUCCGCAGCCAAGCCAGUUGCAACCUGGUUUGGCGUAGAAGCGCUUGAUCAGGCCCGACUAGCCUGCGGUGGGCAUGGUUUCCUACAUUCUUCGAGGCUGAACGAGCUGAGAGAUAGUUUCGAUCCGUCUCGAACAUUUGAGGGUGAAAACUUCAUGAUUCUACAGCAAGCCAGCAACAUCAUGCUGGAGUGGACCCGAGCAGGCAAAAGCGACAGUCCAAUGAAGACCCUUGAAAUGUUAAAUAACAAGCAACCGCAACGGUUCAAACACUUUGGAGAAGAUAUCAUAGAAGAUGUUCUCCACGCCUACAGAUGGCUGAUCGUGUACUAUUUAAACGAAACUAGAAAGUCGUUUGACGAAUGGAUGAAGGCCAACGGUGGUGACACCUUCGACGCUCGUAAUCGAUCUCAGGUACACAAGGCUCAAAUGCUGGGUAUUGCUUAUUCAGAACAUACAGCCAUUCAGUGGGCUGCUGGUAAUUAUAGAGAGCUGGAGGAUCCACGAAUUUGUCAGGUUUUGCUCCGAAUGCCAGCAUUGUAUGGUCUCUACUGCCUUGAAAAACAUCUGGCAUCACUGUACAUAGGAGGAUACUGUGAAGGACCGAAGUUCGGUGAUGGAGUACACGACGCGGUUCGACGUCUUGAGCGAGAUCUUCUCCCCGACGCAGUAGCUUUAGUGGACGCAAUUGCACCUCCAGAUUUUGUGCUCAACUCUGCGUUGGGAUUAAGUACUGGAGAGCCUUACGAGGAGCUAAUGAAGGAGUUCCGCAGCCACACCAACCCGAAGCCCGAAUGGUGGGCGGAUCUCAGAGACUUCCUCAAGGAAAAUGCAAACAAAAGCAAGCUAUAACUAAUUGAAUUCCCGAUAUAUCUCGUCUGAAGUGCAAUUCUAAAUUCUAAAAGUCUUGAAGCACGCAUAAAUCUGA